ACCGACCGGUACCAGACUCGCGUGGUACCGGUGCACCGCGGGUGUUUCGCAGCCGCAGCCGCAGCCGCAGCCGCGGUCGCAGUCGCAGUCGCGGUCGCGGUCGCGCUGCGCUCGCACGACUCGCGCGUCUCGUGCCGCGCUCGCGUCAACCAUUGACUCAUCGCUCGUGCUCGCAGGUGAUCGAUUCAUCCGUGGUCGCGUUGACGGACGUCGAGACGUUGGUUUCCUCCUCGGAUGAGACGUGCGCUUGAACGGACCACGCGCGGAAGCGAGCGCCUCCGAGAAGAAUAGACCGGCGAGAGGAGGUCACGUAUCUCCGGCGUGCGUCUCCGACGCACACAUCGGCGUCUUCUUUUCAUCUCCCUCGAGGGGCCACGCCGGCCCUCUUUUCACAUUCGAGGAGAUUCAGACGAGAUCCGAUCCGAUCGUACGGCCGAAACACGCAGGAAACACGCCGAUUGCGGCAGGUCACGAGGAACGGGUCUGGAGAUGGCCUACAUUAUCUGGUCCUAUCGGUGAGAAGAGCCGCUCCGUGCCACCGUGCGAGUGAUUUGACUAGACGAAAGGAAGGAAGGAAGGAAGGAAGGAAGGAAGAGAGAGAAUAAAAUGGGGCGAGCGUGGUGCAAGGAGAAGACCUCCAAGGCCCAGGAUUCCAAGUCCCCGUUGGAUCGGGUUUUUGUGCGAUGCGCGCAUCGGAUUUAUCCAAGUUUAAAGGAGGAAGGCUCGGUCUUAGGCGGUGCCACGCAGAGAGUUACGAGUUCUGAAAUAGGAUACGCCGGUUCACCACCGAGAGAGGUGCUUACAAGAGGACGGAGCAUAGACUCCGUGGACAGGCCCUUUCAUCCCAGUGACUGGGUGGACGUCAAUCUGGAAGUGCCCAGUCCGCCUAGAGCGAGCUCGACUUUCACGAAUUCGAGCAUCGACGCUAGUCCACGUACCGCAGCUACACCUACGUUCGGCUGUGCCAAUCCGAAGGACAUCACGCCUGUGCCGCCUCCGAGACGAAAAAAAAGAAACAGGGGCAGACCCUUGCCGCCGAAACCGGACGAGAUUCCUGAGAACGUGACCAAUAAUUUGAGACGCGGCGAUACGUGCGAGGAACCGUUAUAUCUGUCGGUCAGGUCGCCGCAGACGAGCAGCAAUGAUCAGAAUGGUGACGUCGAGUUGCGGGGAACGGGAAAAACCAGCACGGAAGAUCCGAAGCAUGACGGUCGAAAGACGAAGGAGAUUUACGAACAUAAGGUUAACGGCACCGGAAGGAUAAUAUCCAGCGAGAUGGUUUCCGGCAAGAGGACCUCCGCCGACAAGAAAACUUCAAGAACUUCGGAGUCGGGCCACCAUCACCGGAAAGUUCUUGAGAACGAGGAAUACGAGAGAUUUGCCCGGAAUCAGUCGAUCAAGGACUCUUCGACUCCUAAUCGCCAGGACAGACGGAAGUCGAAGGAGCUCGAAAAGCGGAUCAGGGAUUCCUCGAGGGACGACGACAGACCGGAAGCAAAUACAAGGAUGAAGAACUAUAGCACCGUUAGCUUGCCGAAUUACGACGAGCUGGACGUGUCUAGGCACCCUGUGAAAAGCACGGCAAAUGACGAGGGAGAUGCAGGGGAGAAAAUGAAGUUGAAAAGACCCGUCAGAAGCAGCACUGUCUCGCUUCCGGCCGAAUCUUUCCUGUCGCCCUUUUCCGAGAAAACCAGCGUAUGUCUGGAGGACUACAUCCCACGACGUGGAAGCAUCGAGCACCUGUCGCUGUAUCAGGUGCUGGGGAAGCUGGGCUCGAGCGAGAACGAGGUCACCGGCGGCGGAUUCAUGAAGUACGAUCCGAGUAAAUUGGAGGAUUGGGACCUCAGUGACAUCAGUAAUUGCGAUUCGAAUCAGCGACUCUCCGUCGAGAACACGCCGCGGAUUGAAAUCCACGACGAUGAGUCUGCGGAGAAUGGACUAUCCGAGAGUGUAGAUGUUGUCGACUACCCGCGAAAUGCCGGGGUCGGGGAUGCUGAGACGACUGAGAUGAAGAUUUCAUGUGUUCGAGAUAUCUCUCCGUCGUUGCAGAAACCCGAAUCGUUCGGCAAGGUAGCAUCAUCGACGGUUGAUUCCGAUAGAGAAUCAAAGUAUCCUGAGGAUUGGAUAACAGAUGAAAACAGAUCACUAAGGCAUUUUGAUCCGCCUAAAAUGUCAGAAAUCUGUCAAGUAUCACCGACUUGCGAGUUAGCGAGCUCACCGGUUCGUAGGGAGCCAUUUUUUCUAAACGAGGAACUUCAUUGCUCAGCUUUUGAUACGAUCGAAGGGUCCUGCAGGAACGGCGCCAUCGUCCGGGAAUCCAAUCGAUCCGACCAAUCGAGGCUGAUCUUUGGCCGUAGCCUGUCGAACGAGAGCGAGCCAUACGACGAUCCGUACGAGGCGAAGGAGUUGCGUGCACACUCCGACGUAACGAACAAGUUAAUCAGAACGAUAUCGGAGGAGUCGCUGCCGCAGGAGAUGCUGGAGGGGGUCGACGAAGAGAUCGUCGAUUUCUUCGACGAGAAGCUGGCCAAGGACGCGACGAACAAAUUGAAGAAGGAUUGCCAGGAUCAGCGAGUGAAGACGCCGCCGCCGAGCCCGGAGCCAAUAAUCAAAGCCCAGAUUUUGGACAACGAUCAUUCGACCUUGCUGAUGGUUCUGAACGAUGAGGUGGCUGACGGAAGUAAUCUCAGUUCGAUGACGCCGAGCCUCACCGAGCUCGAGGCAGCGCUUUCGGAUAUGCUGGAGAAGGAGGAUCAACCUGACGAAAUUACCAGGCGAGAGAACACGAACGAGGAAUGCAAACAGAGCCCCGUGGAGAAACUUCUCGAGCCGGAAAUCGUACCUGUGGAGAAGCGCAACGCGAUCGACAAAAGUAUGUCGGAUCAAUGUCGUUCAAUUAAUGAUGACAUUCUAGUCGAUAGUACGCUUGAGAAUAAGACAGAUCGGUCGUCCGUGUCUUCGGAGCAGCUCCUUGGAGAUUCGACGGAGGCACCGAAGAAGAGAAAAGUGUCCUUCUGUACAUGGGAAGAGAAGGUGAUGAUGGACGUCGAUUUGAAAAAUGACGAGAAAUCGGAAACGUCACAGAAUUUAAACGAGAGUUCUGAUUUCAAGGACUCUGUCGUUAAGUCGGAGCUAGGAUCGAGCUUCGACUUUUUCAAAGGUACCGAGACCGAUAUGAAGGAUAGCACGAGCUCUGUGGGGGAAGCGCAUGAGAAACCUGAUACUCUGUUUCAAAGUAUAGAAGACGCGAUGGAAGAUUUGGAGCAAAUGCCUACGCCGCCACGAAGGAAAAAUAAAAAUUUAGGUGUUACGAAGGAGUCGGUUAGGACUAUAGACAAUUUUCCCGAAGAUCCUGAUUCUCGUCCUAAUGACAGGCUGAUUUGAUCAUUACAGAUUGCGUGAUCUCGUAAUCUUUUCGCUGUUGUGUGAUCGUAUGCGAUAAUAUGAACCUAAAAUUUGUGUGCCACAUGAGUUGUUAAUAUGUUUAAUAUAUUAAUUUGUAAUCGCUGUAAGCUAAUAACCAUGUAAUUAAUAACCAAAAAUAAAGAGAAAAAUAUAACGUA